AUGGCGGUUGAGCUGAAACGUCUCGGCGGAGCCGCCGCAGCGCCGUUUCAGUUACGGCGUUCUCUGAAUCCACGAUUGGGACGAUUUUCCGUUCAGUCUCCUCCCAAUGCUCCUCGUCGGCUCAUUACGCUCGCAGUUGUUAAGAGGAACCCCAAACGCCUGAAAUACGCCGCACCUCGCUUUCCUAAGGAAGACGGAUUGUUGUAUGUUGAAGUUGAUCCGUCCGGGUCGGACUCUUGGAAACUUGACCCGGUUAUUGAGCUCUUGAAGGAAGGGGCUGUAGGAGUUAUCCCAACAGAUACCGUGUAUGCAAUAGUUUGUGAUCUGAGAAACAACUCUGCGGUUGAACGUCUGCGUAGUCACUCACUUUUGCAGCCUCUCAGUAUAUUAUGUCGCUCAUUCAAAGACAUCGAUACGUACACAACAGGAUUUCCCCGUGGCAAUGACCAAGGUCUUAAAAACAUUUUUCGAGCCGUUAAACAAUGCCUGCCUGGUCCUUAUACUUUCAUUUUGACUACAAGCAAAGAAUUUCCGAAACAUUGCAUCCGAUAUGGGACUACAACUUCCAAGUAUACAUCAAGAAAGAAUGUAGGUAUUCGCAUGCCAGAUGAUGCUGUGUGCAAGGCAAUACUCGAGAAGAUGGAUGCACCUUUAAUAUCCACAAGUGUCAAGUCACCAAAGGAGGAUGAGUGGAUAUUAGAUCCUGUCAUAAUAGCUGACGUGUAUGGACCGGAGGGCCUUGAUUUCGUUGUUGCUGCUGGGAAUAGAUUCGCUGAUCCUUCUACCGUGGUAGACAUGACAGGGAGUUCGCCACGAGUUAUACGGCAGGGCAAGGGUCCGAAACAAUCUUGGAUGGAUUCAGACGAUGAAGAAGAUUCUCAUGUGAACAAAGAUUAG